AAACGAACGUAACUUUAAAGCUCUCCUACUUCCCGUCCACAUUUCCAAAUUUUCGUCGCUGUUAGCAUGGCGCUAUCAUCAUCAUCAACAACAAUGCUUUACAUUUCAGCUGUUAUCAUUGCUCUAUGCCUCUGCGUGCGAGGCGCCCUUGGAAACGUGGUUUGUGAGGAGCUGAGCAAGCAGAGUUGCGCGUACGCGGUAUCAUCUUCCGGGAAACGCUGCGUGUUGGAGAAUAAGCACGUGGACAGGAAAAUGAAGGAGGAGGAAUACACUUGCCGGACCUCAGAAAUCGAGGCCGGCGAUAGAUUUAAAGGAUGGAUCGAAACGGAUGAGUGUGUCCAAUCGUGCGGUCUGGAUAGGAAUGCACUCGGAAUCUCAUCCGAUUCUCUUUUGGACUCUCAAUUCACCCGUAAGCUCUGCUCCCCUCCCUGCUUCCGCGGCUGCCCCAACGUCGCCGAUCUCUACUUCAGUGUCGCCGUCGGUGAAGGUAUGUAUUAAUUAACACUCUCUCAGUCCCAAUAUUAUUGUCCCGCUUGAAUUUUCAUUUUAGUACAAAUUGAACGUAAAGUGAAAAUAAUUUUGGGACAAUGGCAGUAGUGACAUUCAAGUUCAUUUCCUGCUUAUUUAAUUACUUUGCUGCCAUAUGAUUAUUAUGCAAGUCAAGAAGUUUCUUUCUUUCUUUCCUUUUUUUUUUUUUUCUAAUUGUUGACAAAUUUGACAUUGUAAAUGAAUAGGUGUGUACCUUCCGAAACUUUGUGAGGUACAGAGAGCUGAUGCAAGGCGGGAAAUGGCGGAAAUUAGAAGCUCCAGUUUUGUGGCGGCUGGGCCGGAAUCCGGUGGCGGCGUGAAAGCAGCUGAGGUCGACCCCAUUGCUCCGGCAUUCCCACCGUUUUAAUCCUUGAUUGAAGAAGGAUGGAUAUAUAAACGUACCAAAGUAAAAAAAAAAAAAAAAAAAAAAGAAAAAGGAUUAAUUAUACUUUGAUGAAGUAUUCAUAGGAAAAUGAUAUACCUAGAGGCGUCUACUUUGCAUUUCGUGCAUGGAAUUUUCGUGUUUUAUAAUAUCCAUUACCGAUGUCCCCUCCCCUCAGUCCUCAUUUGUGUGGGAUAUAGUAUUACAUUAGUACACAGAUGAAAUAAAUGGAGGCGUGAUAGUUCCUUCUAGUUUUUCGUUCAACACUUCCCUCAGUUGUUCUCUUUUACCACUUCUUAGCGGAAUAUAAUAAUAAUAAUUAUACACCAUUUCCUUCCACAACGUUGUUGGUUGUCAUCGUUGUUGCUCGUAUGAGAUCUAUUUUAAUUUAAUGAUGAUCUGAGCAUUUGUUUACUACUGGUGAUCUAUGUGAUUAGGAUGUUCUGUUUUGCUUAACAGAAAGGAUUUAGCAAAAGAAAAAGAUUAACACAAAACAGGAAGGGGACCAAAAAGUGGCUUUAGGUUUUGGAUCUGCUUAGUGUAAGUGCAUAGUUGAAAGAUUUGUGCCCUUUUCGUGCAAUGGAUGGUUGGGCUUGUACAGGGCCCAAUAUUUCCAGUUCACUAAUAUUCCAAUUUUAUUUGGGCCACAUUUUGCUCAAGGUUUCUUUUUUUGAACAGUACGACCCACACAAUCAUCAGCGCAACAUCCAUCCCAAAAAUGGAGUUCGACACAGUCAAUUGUUUUUUUGAAGGAUUUUGGAAAUUAAUAAAUGCAGUUCAGCAUCAAUGGCAUGUACAAAUGAAAUUUCAUUAUGAUUCUAAGUGUGACAAACGUGUACUUAUCAAUCAGGGUUAAAAGUGUAAUUUUCAGGAAAAAAAAUUUAGCAAAAAAGUGACAACAAAUCAUAGUACCACUAAUACAUAUCAUGUUCCUUUUUCGAAAGUCUUUCAUUUGCUUCUCUUAGAAGAUGGAAGUUGUUUUUUUUGUAAUGUAUAUGUAUACAUUUUCUUUAUCCUAAAAUGAUUUUCAUCUAUAGAUUUUGUGUUUAUAUCAUUUGUAUCAGAUAUGACAAUUAUUUUAGGACAAGAGGUUAUAUAAUUUACAAUCAUGACAAACAUUUGAGGAAACUGGUGAUGAUUGGGGGCAACACUGAAAAAUGGGG